ACUUCCCCUUUUUCAGGAAGCGAUUAGAGAUAUAAAUCAUCUAUCUUAGUAGUCCAGUCAACAACAAAAAGCCGGUCUGAUUAGGGCCCUAAUUUCAUCGAUUUGUUUACCUGAUAGAUUAGUUUCUUAACUAUUUAAUCGCGUUAAAUCCUGUUGUGUUUUAAAAGAUGUCAAAAGAAAAUAAUAAUUCACAAAAAUCUCAGAUGAGCACUGACGUAGGCUUUGAAGAUGAAUCAGCAUUCACUGCAGCCAUCCUGGAUGUCAGAAAUGACAGUAAUGACACAAAUUAUGUCAUCUGUGGUCAUAUUGAAGGGAACCCUAACAAAAUUGGAGUUCUGUAUGUCGGCACAGAUGUCAAUGAAAUAGGUUCAAAAAUGGAUUCUUCCGAGGCCAUGUAUGGCUUAGCAAGAUACGAAACAAAAUUUGAUUUGUCCACAACUGUUAAAUUUGUCUACAUUCACUGGAUUGGAGAUAGCCUGCCUGUAGCUAAGAAGGGAAGGUAUGGAGUUGUGCAUGGCAGCAUUGAGUCAAAGUUCUCUCCGUACCAUCUGCUCGUUGAAGCAAGCACAGCUGAGGAAUUGAAUAGUGAAAAAAUUUUACAUACUCUGAUGGAGACAGCUGGCACCAAGUCCAAAGUUCUGGACGAUGGUCAGCUGCCCCAGAGACAGAUGCGAGGCUUCACCCAGACCCAGGUUCCCCAGCGAGACAGGAAGGCCAACUUUGGCGUCUCUGCCGUGUCUGCUAAAGGCGCUGAGGUGGAGAUUCUAGCAGACGUGGCCGAAGCUGUGGCCAGGGUUAGACUGGACGGUGACCCAGCCACGUGGAUGGUUGCUGGAUACAAGGAUGCUAAUCCAAGAGGUCCCGUGCAGUGUAUGGGAUGUGGCGAGGGCGGCCUGGAUGAGCUGAAAGGCUGUUUAGAUGAUUCUCUUCCCAUGUAUGGCUUGUAUAGAGUCACACACACUGAUGCUGAUGACAUCACAACUGUCAAGUUUGUUUACAUCAUCUGGGUAGGAACCAAGGUCAAGCCAAUGGCCAAAGCCAAAAUCUCCACCCAUAAAGGCACAGCCGAGGAGAUUUUCUGCCCCGCUCAUGUCACUGUGUACGCAUCAGAGCUUUCAGACAUUGUUGAAAGAAACAUCAUGGAAAAGAUAAAACAGCAGGCUGCACAGUGAGUGCAAUGUACCAGAAGGUUCCCAGCUGUUAGAAUUUAUAAAAAUAACUUUAUUUUACUUUGUUGAUAAGCAAUGGUAUUAAACAAUCAUAAUAACAGUAAAUUUAAAACGCAUUAUAAUAUAAAGAUUUUUAACUCAUGCCCUGUUUAGUUGUGUACUAAAGGGUAGCUUGUGGAACAAACUUACUUGAAAUGAUCAAGAUUUAGCUCCAGGGUUUCAAGGACUCUGAAGCAUUCAUUCCCCAGGGUUGAAAGAGAUUUCUUUAAUUCAACUUUUUAAAGUGACACAGUGUACUAUUGCACCAAGGUUGGGUGUGGGAACAUGUAUAUGUUUUAUUACGCAAUUAUUUUUUAAACCUUUUGCCUCAGUCAUAUCACAAUCACCGAAGUGAAUUUAAUUUUUUUAACCAAAAUAAAUGGAAUAAAUAUCAGAAUAUCCUUAUUUCUUUUGUAGUUAGAAAUGAAGUAGGCUAAAAUAAAAUUUCAGAUUUUCUCAUGUUUUAUGCUCAUGGCCAUGAUACAGAAUAACAUUACCCACACAAUUCAAUACAGAAUAAUGUUUACCUACAGAUUUCAAUAAAGAAUAAUGUUUACCCAUACAUUUCAUUGCUAACUAAAAGGCCCUUAAACAUUAUCUUCAGUCAGUGUGAUAAGAACAUGAUGGUUUUUAACAUUACACCCUUCCAAAAUGGCUGUUUCAUUUCACAAUGGUUGAUGGUAGACAUGUUAACAUGUUUUAGAAGUAUUUGUUAAAGAUUUUUAGACCAUUAUUACAGAGCUCAAAUGGCCAUGGAUAAUGAGCCUUACAGUUUUGUUUUUUUUUUUAAUAAUUUUCAUACUAGAAAACAAUUGUAUUUUUAAUCCAGUCCAUAAAAAUUAUUUCUGAUUAUAAUUGUUUUAUAAUAACAGUUGUAAGCUAUGUGUUUUUUUAAGCUGACUUAAGAAGACAUGAAUGUUUAUGCCUGUUUAAUUUGCUCGUGCUUGGCUGAUGUUAAGGUGCCACAUAACCUACAUAUAACUAUGCAGAUUUUUAUGACAUGAUUUUAUGAAGUUUUACCAUUCUCUUGCCAAUACGAAGUAUUAGUGACAUCUUUUUUUAAUCUAUUUUUUGUUUGUAAUCCUCUUUAUUAAAGUCUUAUCAUAAACCUUAUUUUUAAAUUCCCUCCAUACUAAUUUUUUUUUUGAACAGAUGUAUAACUCAUAAUGAGAAAAUUUUUGUUACAGUUGUGACAAAUAUUCUGAACAGAUGUAUAACUCAUAAUGAGAAAAAAAUUUUUACUGUUGAGACAAAUAUUCUUGUCUCAAAAUUUUGUUUUAUACACUUUAGGUGGAGUAUUUUAUUAUUAUUUCAAGUUUUCCAAAUAUCCAGAAUGAGAUUUUAGUGUCUUCUUUGUAUUAGUCCAUCUGUAAAUGUUUGUUGUUUACAACUAGUGAUUGACACGGACCAAAGAAGCUAUUUUUUAAAUUUUAACCUGGUGUAUAUUCUGUUUAGGAAUUUAUUAAACCAUAAUAUACAAAAUGCAAACAUUUUCAAAUAUGAUUUUUUUUUAGAUUUAUAAAACAAAAAGUUUUGCUUUAACUCUCUUUGCUAUGGACAGUUUCUCAAGUCCUUAUUUAAAAAAAAAAGAUUUUAUGGUCUUUAAAAAAUUAAUUUAAUAUACAAAGGUUAUGACACUUUUUUUUACUUUUUCAAUAGGUUUUUUCAUUUUAAAAUAAAUUUCUUAAUAACAAUGUCAUGCCUACAUAGCUACUGUUCUUUGUUCUAUUUUUAAAUGUUAUCUUAUAGUACCUCUACUGAUUUGUUGUUUUGUUUUGAGUAUAAAAAAAAAGGUCAGUAUUGACAAACAACAAAUAAGCAGGAACAAUAACUCUUGAUCUGUAUAUUAAAAUAAUUUAUCCAGGAUGCAUAUUAAAAAUUUCUAAAUAGAAUUUAUGUAUGUUUUAGUUUGCCAUUCCAUUUAAGUACUCUCUAAUAAUUUUUGAAAUUGUUGUAGAUCAGUGAAUCAAAAGAUUUUUAAUACUUCAGUUACUAAAUUACUAAUUUUAGAAUCUCAUUAUCAUUUUUUUUUUAAAUGUCCUUUAGUUCAAUUCUUUGAGAGUUUGCAUGAAAGAUCUGUUUCAUUUUUUUUAAUGAAAAGUGUGUUUAGCAGUUGAUCUGUUACAAUGAGAUUAAUAUUCAAAUGCAAUAAUGUAAUAAUUUCAAUUUGCAGCAAGUUUUUAGCGGCUUGUUUGAUUUUACUCAUGUUUCAAUUCUGCUGCUGUGGUGAUAUCACUAAUAUGUUUGCUCUGUUUUACACAUUAUCUCUGACUCCAUUUUGCAAGGGAAGCAAUGACUGCGCACUGCAGUGUUAAAGGUGUAGUUGUGUCCCUUGGCAUACACAAAUGAUGUGAACAAACCUUUCUUCUUUCUACUACGCUCCGCUUUGAUUUUCUAAAUGUGAAUGUUCACAUGCAUAUUAAUUCAAUGUUGAAUCUUGAACCAAAGUGUAUCACAUAUCUAAUAAAAACAAUUAUAUUAC